AUGCCUGAAAAACGCAAGACAGAUGCGGAGCCUGAAGUCGAUUUACUUUCUGCUAAACGCGCACGCCAACAGCUUUCAUACGCCGAUUUAGACAGUGCUGAGACAGGGCCAGCACCUACUGGCGGAGCUUCGCAUGAACCUGACCACGACGAGAGCGAUAGACACGAGUCUAUUGGACAUGGCGACGAUGAGACGACUGGGCAUACGAAUGUAGCUCGCAAGCAGAAUAGCAAUCAGCGCCAAAAUAACAGCAGCAAUAGCAACACGCGGCCUCGCGUCGAUCCUGUCUACGGCCAGAGGAGCGCGUUUCCGGGUCUGGAUGAUCUCGGCUCCGACCAGCUUUUCUACGGCCCAGCUGAAGAUGGUCUGGAAUAUCUGCGCAUGGUUCGGUCCGAAGCAAACUCGUUACCUUCGCUUUUUGUCGCAGCAAAGGCUACCACGGAAAUACAAGAUGGAGACGUGUUGGAAGGGGAGCAGAAUCAACAUGAAAUAGCAGCAGACAACUCAAUACCGGGACAACAAGACGCGAAGGAAGACAAGAACCGAAGUGGCUUCAUUCUCGUUGAUGGUGUUGUCAUUGGAAUGGCAUCUAGCACCGUGGAUUCCUCUACGGAAGAAAAUAGCUCGAACGUGCAGUCAUCAUAUUAUGCCACGCUAUGCCAUCGGUUCGUUCAUUUACAACGCACGUUGAGAUACUCGCCUCCUGCCGCUGCUAUCUCAAACCUUGACCAAACCCAUCCUAUUACCUUUUUUUACCAUAUCAAAUCAGCUCGAGUGGAAUGGAGGCAAGUUAUUUUCCGUUCGGAUCCUCAGAUGGUACAGCUGGCUUGUAUGGACAUGCAAUCCGUCCUGAACGUGCUUCGACUGAUAGGCGACAUCAUCUCUGAAUGUAUAAAUGGCGGAGAUGCCACCCAAAUCCGCCGCAUCGGUGCAUGGGCAUGGGGGCUUCUAGGUAGAUGUCGCGAUGUUGGUGAACUCAGCAGUGAGGAAGUCUGCGAGCUCCGAUACAUUGGAAGACAAGCCGUCAGCGCUCUAGUCAAACUGAAAAAACUGGCAAUUAAAGAUUUAGAAGAAGAUGAGAGCAUGGACUUGGGACCUGAAGACAACAAGCCGAGUGACGAAGCAAAUCCGCUUGCUGAAACUACAGAGACUGCUACACUCGGUAAUUCAACAGAUGAAAUAGCAGACACGUCCAUACCGAUACCAACAACCAAGCCUCUUCUUCCCUUAGGCGAAACAGAGACCGCAGACGAUCUUGAAGCAGCUAAGCUUCGUCUUCAGUCUCGGCUCCGGGAAAGCGCAGAUCGUGAAGACCAGGAACUGAAAGCCGAUCUGGCGGAGAGACGGAGACGAAACACCUCAUCCCCAUUAGGUGGUGAUGACCACGACGACGACGACGAUGAUGAUGAUGACGAAGUGCUAGAGGACGGUCGAAAUCAGGAUAUAGAACCAGAAGACCCCCCUCAAAAUACACCACAAAACAGAGACAGCCAAAGCCGUGCGCUUCUCGACAUGGUCAUUACCGUCGUGGGAGAGUUCUACGGCCAAAAGGAUCUCUUACUCCAGAGAGAUGUCUGGCUGUGA